AUGAUCGAGGGCCUUCUCAAUGACCAGUUGCCCACAGAGGAUGAGGUGCGGCAUAUGUGCUAUGCGGCACGGGAUAUCCUCAUUGAUGAGGGUAACAUACAAUCAAUUCCUGCGCCAGUGACCGUCUGUGGAGACAUCCAUGGUCAGUUUUCAGACCUCAAAGAAUUAUUCAAAAUUGGAGGAUAUCCUCCUACGACGCGCUACCUAUUCUUGGGCGACUUUGUAGACCGGGGCCACAACUCUAUCGAGACGCUGCUACUGCUGGUGGCAUAUAAGCUGCGAUACCCGAAUCACGUUACACUGGUACGGGGCAACCACGAGUCGCGGCAAAUCACACAGAUUUACGGCUUCUAUGACGAAUGCAUCCGCAAAUACGGCUCGCCGAUGGUUUGGCGUCUUUGCUGUGAUUUAUUUGACUAUAUGAGCCUUGGAGCGCUCAUCGAACAAUCGUAUCUAGGUGUUCAUGGCGGGCUCUCCCCAUCCAUUUCCUCUCUGGACGAGGUAACACAUCCUGAUCGCCAAUUGCUAGAUAAGGAUGCUGGACCGGCGGCAGGAGAUCCCGCACGAUGGCCCCAUGUGCGAUCUUCUUUGGUCAGAUCCAGAAGACAGUGUUUCGGAAUGGACAUUAUCGCCUCGUGGAGCGGGAUACCUUUUUGGUGA